AUGCCGUUAGAUACAAUCUAUUUGACUCGUCAUGGACACCGUCUCAAUUGGACAAUUGAUCUCAGCACCGGGACUUACAAGUCGCAAUUCCCGACACCAACAGGCAAUCCUGCAGACCCUGCGCUGACAUCCUACGGAAUUAGCCAGUCGCAUGAGCUUGGGAGAUAUAUAAACGAUCCGGCGUUCCACCCGAAGCCCUUCCGAGUGUACUCUAGUCCGUUCUACCGUUGCUUACAGACCAUCCAACCAUCAGUGGAGGAACUGGGCAAGAAACACAAGGAACUGCAAGCCGCAGGAUAUGAUGCGUCUCAAAGAAUAAAGGAAGGAAAUGUUGACCCGUCAUCUAACUUUGAUGUCCACAUCGAAAAUGGACUUGGUGAAUGGUUCGGCCCGACAACAUUCUUCGAGCACCCACCCCAUCCAACAACGGAAACGAUGCACGGACACUUUCCAUCCUUGGUCCCAGAAGCGCACUUAAGAACUUAUAAGCCUCUUGUGCACCCAUCCCGUCGCGGGGAGACGAUUCUGGAACUACAUAACCGCGCCGCAACCACGCUCGCAGGUAUUAUUGCCGACCUGGAUGCUGAGAUCACCGCUUUAGAAGCCAAUAUCCCACCUGAACAACGAACCAGUAAAUCAGUUCUGAUAUGUUCGCAUGCUGCGACGUUAAUUGCAAUGGGUCGUGUGUUGACUGGAGUUAUGCCGGAAGAUACAUCUCAGGAAGACUUUUUUGUAUUCACAGCUGGGAUGAGCACGUUUCGUCGGCGCAGCGAUAAUGCUGAUAAGAUUGAUCGUUCAGCUGUUUUGGCUGGGGGAACGGAACUUCUCCGUGCUGAGGGCGUUCCUGAGUGGAUGGGCCGUGGGGUUGGAGGUGGGUGGGAGUGUCUCAAGAAUGGAGACUGUAGUUUCUUGAGUGGCGGAGCUGAGCGAGGAUGGCAUUUCAGUGGGGAGGAAUCUUUUGAUACUGGUCCUAUGGCACCAGCUUCGGAGCCUAUUCCAACUAAGCUUUAA